AUGGCUCCCAGCUUGGCCCAGGCAUACAGGAGGAGGUGGUGGAUGGCCAGCACAGCUAUCAUAGAGAACCUGCUCUUCUCUGCUGUUCUGUUGGGCUGGGGAUCACUGCUGAUCAUGCUGAAGAAUGAAGGAUUCUACUCCCACAUUUGCAACGAGAAUGAGACUGGCAGCACCAACGUGACAUUCGCAGAGCAUGGUCAUUGGCAGAGUUGUGUGGAGCAGGAGGAGAUAUUGAAUCUGGGCUUCACUAUUGGCUCAUUCCUCCUGAGUGCAGCCACUUUACCGCUGGGGAUAUUGAUGGAUAGAUAUGGGCCACGCCCACUGAGGCUCGUUGGCAGUUCAUGCUUUGCAGCCUCCUGUGCAAUGAUAGCUGCUGCAGCGUAUAAACCUGAAGUGUUGUCUGUCCUCAUCUUCUUUGCUGUCUCCUUCAAUGGCUUUGGAGGAAUCUGCCUGACCUUCACCUCACUUACACUGCCAAACAUGUUUGGGAAUAUACGCUUAACCAUCCUCUCCCUGAUGAUUGGCUCCUAUGCUUCUUCAGCUGUCACCUUCCCCGGUGUUAAGGUGAUAUAUGACUUUGGCGUGUCAUUCCGCAUCAUCAUGUGGGUUUGGUCUGGCAUGGCCUGCCUGGUCUUCCUCAACUGCUUCCUAAAUUGGCCCGCUGAAUCCUUCCCUGCACCUGAAGACAUCAGAUACACUAAAAAGAUGAGGCACAGUAGGGUUGUCACAGAGGACAAGAUGACUGGAGACAGGUAUGUCACUCAUGUGACCCUCAUGGAGGACACAAUGGGAGCCAAACGACCAGAACCUGAGCAGACAGACUUCCAAAGCACAGCUCAGGCCUCAGUGCCACUCUGUCGUUCUGUUUGCUCCCCCAUCUUCUUGUGGAGUCUCAUCACCAUGGCAAUGACCCAGCUGAGGAUCAUCUUCUUCAUGGGGGCCAUGAACAAGAUGGUGGAGUUUCUGGUCACCCAUGGCGACCCCAACCUUUCAGAAGAGCUGCAGCAGGAGGCGGAGGACCAAGUUGGUUUCUACUCAUCUGUCUUCGGUACAAUGCAGCUGCUGUGCCUACUGACCUGUCCUUUGAUUGGCUACAUCAUGGACUGGAGAAUAAAGGACUGUGAGGAUGAAAAUUCAAACUCGCAAACCGAGAAAAGCCAAUCAGAUCCCCCAAAGAGAGACAGAAAGAUUCAGAAACUGACCAAUGCCAUUAGAGCGUUCAUCUUCACCAACCUCCUAUUGGUCACCUUUGGAAUAAUUUCCUUGAUUGACAACCUGCCCUUACAGAUGGCAGCUUUUGUUCUGCAUACCAUGGUGAGAGGGUUUACCCACUCCUGCUGUGGAGGCCUCUAUGCUGCUGUGUAUCCAGCCAAACACUUUGGGACACUAACAGGCAUGCAAUCGAUGAUCAGUGCUGCUUUUGCCUUGCUCCAGCAGCCACUGUUCAUACUCAUGGUGGGACACCUCAGUGGAGAUCCUUACUGGAUCAAUUUGGGCCUUCUCAUCUUCUCCCUGGCUGGUUUCCUGUUGCCCGGCUAUCUGUUCUAUCAUCGUAAAAACCUGAUCAGGGCAAAGGUGGUGCGUGAUAGGCUGGCUGCCAGCCAUCCAGACAAAGAGAAGGCUCCUCUAACUCAAUCAGCCAGUGAAAUUGUUAAGAGCCAAGCCAAUGGACUCACAGGUCAAGCUGCCAGGGAGCUUAUGACUAUCCGCCAGGGGCCUCGUAGCGUCCUGGAUUACUCCAUUGACUUCUGGGUUCUUGCAACGGAGGCCGGCUUGGAGGACCGCGCGCUUCGCGUGGCCUUCUGGCACAGCCUCAAUGAGAACAUCAAGGCGGAGCUGAAUACACGUGAUGAGCCCCCUUCUCUCCGCUCUCUGUGGAGCCUGGACUGUGCAUCGACCUGUCUCCUCACCGGACAACCCGCUUCUCCUGCUGCACCACCAAAACCUUUGGACCUGUCCCCCAUCCCUCCGGACUACCACAACCUGCAACAGGUGUUCAGUAAACACCUGGCCACGGACUCUCUCCCCCCUCAUAGACCAUAUGACUGUGCCAUGGACCUGUACCCGGGAGCCACCUUGCCCAACAGUCGCCUCUUCCACAUCUCAAAACCUGAACGACAGGCUCUGGAGGAGUACAUUGGAACAGGCGCGGCAGUCUUCACCAAGCUGGAUCUCAGGAGUGCCUACCACCUCAUGUGCAUCCGUGAGGGCGAUGAGUGGAAGACUGCCUUCAAGACCCCACUUGGGCACUUUGAGUAUCUGGUGAUGCCUUUUGGUCUCACCAAUGCCCCGGUGGUUUUCCAGGGGUUGAUCAAUGACAUCCUCCGUGAUUUUCUUGAGCACAUCCAGCACGUUCGCCAGGUCCUUCUUCGACUCCUGGAAAACUGCCUUUAUGUCAAAGCUGAGAAGUGCGUCUUCCACUACCCCUCUGUGGCAUUGCUGGGCCCAGCAGAAGACUGUGACAACAGCUCCUCCUCCUCUCCUCUUCCAUUUUGUGGAGACUUGUUUGGGGCAAAAACAAAAUGA